AUGUCGGGGUUUACACCAUUCUAUGCGCCACGACAAGAGGGUUUAUACAGUUUUGGUGGGAUUACGCCACCACAAAACACGCCGGAUCAACAACAAGUUAUCGACAAUCCAUCUCCAAGACUAUCAUCGUCAAGACCACCAUCACCAACGCCCGUUUCCCCCGACGUUGAAAUUGUUCAAGAAACGCAACCCGAAUCUCAACUCGAAAGUCAACCCGAAAACCAAGCCGGCGGUUCAAAACCCAAGAAGCGUUCACACAAGAAAAAGUCCCCCGGCGAAGUGAGGUUGAGAGCUCCCUCGAUUCCAUGGUCACGGGAGGAAGGAAUGGCGCUAUGCGCGGCUUGGUUAUCGGUUACCGAAGACCCGGAGGAAGCUAAUUAUCAAAAGGAGAAGACGUAUUGGAUAAGGAUAACGGAUGGUUUGAGAACACUUUUGAAGAAGCCGAAAGAUUAUCGUGACCCGGAAGGUAUUGGUGCAAAAUGGAGGGGUAUCCGUCCAUUUAUCCAAAACUUCAAUGCAAUCUACACUCGUCUCACUAACUCGAACAAUCAUCAAAGUGGUGCAAAUGAUACGGAUGUGAUUAAGAGAGCUCUCGCCGAGUUUCAUGGGACUUACAAGACGCAUUUCAAGUAUUUGGAUAUUUGUGAAAAGAUUAGAUGGUCGUCGAAGUUUCAUUAUGUGACCAACACUAAUGUUAAGACAACCCGUGGAGAACCGACCACAAAAAGGUCGAAAACGUCAUCCUCCAACGAACCACAAAGUCAAGGUUCGGAUGCACGUUUCGAGUUUGAUUUAAAUAACAUGACCGAGGAUGAGUCAGCGUUCCUGGAGCGCCCGUGCGGGAGAGACGCAGCUAAGAAAGCCGCUCAUGGAGGGUCGUCGAGUUCUUCCGGCAAGGGAAAAGCGGUGGCUAGGUAUUCGGAGACGUUUGAUAAUCUCUCGAAGAAGUUGGAUGGUUUGUUUGAGGCGAGUAGGGAGCGGAUCAAUUGGGCAAGCAAAAGGUGGAGAUUGGACGAAAAAGACUUGAAUAAAAGAAUGCUCAACUCAAGCUAGCACAGUUGAAAGUGUUGAGCACCGACUACGGUUAUCUUAAUGAAGAAGAUAGAUCAAUCAUGGAGAAGGCGAAA